ACCCGGAAGUGUAAUUAGCACUGAUUGUGGUUUGACUGGAUGGUGAGUGAGAGACAUGCAGGCUGCAGGAGGCUGCAGGAGGAGGCAUCACUGACAGACACAGCAGCCCAGAAACACACACACUGCUCGGCCUGUUGGAUGCUCGAGGCUCCGGACGGAGGACAGCCGGCUGUGUGUGUGACCCGAGCUGAGGAUGCGGGAUCAGGUCUGGGCCUCCUGGUUCCCCCUUCUCCUCUUCAUCACUGCUCACUCUUCAUCAGUGUCCGCCGUCAGAGAGCUGCGGCCGUGCGAUGAGACCGACUACUACUUCCAGUACACAGAGUGUGACAGCACAGGCUCACGAUGGAGGGUCGCCAUCCCUCUCAAUCCAGGCUCCUGCUCCGGCCUUCCUCCUCCCACCAGAGGGACAGACUGCUCUUUCUCCUGCCCAGCUGGGAUGUUUUUAGAGAUGACUACGCAGCAGUGCACGCCAUGUGCAGCAGGUUCCUACUCGCUGGGCAGCGGCCUUCGCUUCGACCAAUGGGACGCCAUCCCUGCAGGCUUCACGAGCAUGGCCAGCUUUUUAGACUCUGGUCCAAAUGGAGAGGACAUCCAGGCCUGUAACAGCUCGACCUGGACGCCACAGGGUGUAUAUCUGGAAUCAAACCGCGAUGAGUGCACCGUGUCUUUAGUGUACGCUGUCCAUCUAGAGAAACAAGGAUCUGUCUCCUUCACCUACCAGUAUCCUGACAACAACAUAUUCUUUGAGUUUUAUGUCCAGAAUGAGCAGUGUCAGGAAAUGGCUCAGUCGGACGAGCAGAAGUGGAUUAAAGUGACCAACAAUGGAGAGUGGGGAACACACACGGUGAGUCUGAAGUCUGGUACCAACAUCCUGUACUGGAGAACCACGGGCAUCCUAGUGGGAGGGAAGAUGUUUAAACCUGUGCUGCUGAAGAACAUCCAAAUAGAGGGAGUCGCCUACACGUCAGAGUGUUUCCCGUGUCGCCCCGGCUGGUUCAGCUCGACCCCCGGCUCUUCAUCCUGUCAGCCCUGUCCCAGCAACACCUUCUCCAUCAAGGACGCGUCUUCCUGUACGCCCUGCUCUGAACACCACUACUCACAGGAGGGAUGGGCGGAGUGCAAGCCGAGGCCGGCGUGCUCAGAGAGGGAUUACUUUCAGAUCCACACGGCCUGCGACAGCGAAGGAAAGACUCAGGUGCUGUAUCGAUGGGUAGAGCCUAAAAUCUGUGUGGAGAACGUCACAGGGGCGGUGGUGCUGCCGGCGACAGGUCAGAGAGAGCCCUGCCCUCCCUGCAACCCCGGAUACUACAACAGCAACGACUCCACCUGUCUGCCCUGCCCACCUGGAACCCACUCAGACGGGACCUACGUGUGCACUCAGUGUCCUGCAGGUACAGAGCCGGUGUUAGGUUACGAGUACAAAUGGUGGAACGUCCUGCCCUCCAACAUGAAGACGUCCUGUUUCAACGUGGGCAACUCCAACUGUGACGACAUGAACGGGUGGGAGGUUGCAGGCGACCAUAUUCGCAGCGGAGCAGGAAGUUCAGACAACGACUAUCUCAUCCUCAGCCUGCAUGUUCCUGGCUUCAAGGUCCCGGCCUCGCUCUCCGGGAUGACUGGCACUGAGUUUGGACAGAUCACCUUCGUGUUCGAGACCAUCUGCUCCUCCGACUGUGAGCUCUACUUCAUGAUGGAUGUGAACAGGAAGAGCACCACAGUGGUGGAGUCGUGGGAGGGCAGUAAGGGGAAGCAGUCGUACUCUCACAGCAUGACCAGGAACGCCUCGGUCACGUAUACCUGGGCCUUCCAGAGGACGAAUCACGCUGUGGACAUGCGUCGUUACGUGAGCGACACGGUGAAGCUGUACUCCAUCACCGUCACAAACGUCCUGGACGGCGUGGCCUCGUCCUGCAGGGCCUGCGCUCUGAUUCCUGAGAACUCGCAGCGGGCCGGCUCGUUAUGCGUGCCGUGUCCCGCCGGUUAUUACAUCGACAGAGAAACCAACCGCUGCCGGGAGUGUCCGCCAAACACACACCUGGCAGGACGCCACACCUACGGGCAGGACGCGUGCAUCGCAUGUGGAGCUGGAAGCAUCAGCAACAAGGCACACUCACGCUGCUUCAGCGACUGCUCCUUCUCCCACACGGAGAACAACCGGACGCUGACCUUUGACCUCAGCCCGCUGAGCGACAUAGCCUCUCUGACCAUCGGGCCGAGCUUCACCUCUAAAGGGACCAAAUACCUUCACAUGUUCAACAUCAGCCUGUGUGGACACGAGGGCAGGAGAGCCGCCGUCUGCAUGGAUAACGUCACCGACGUGUCCAACAAAGACGAGCAGAGCGACUCGGCUCGCUUCGUCAACUCAGUGGACAGCUUCAUCUGUCAAUCAACCAUUAUCCCAGCUGAUGGGCGGGGCUUCAGGAUGGCUAUUUCCUCCCAGUCCAUCAGCCUCGCAGACACCUUCAUCGGAGCGACGGUGGACAGCGUGCUGGACGGAGUGAAUGCUAAACCAGAUCUGUUCCCUGAAAACUCAAAGGAUGUUCCAGAUAUCAACUUCUUCUACAGGUCGAUGCAGCCAACCGCCUCGUGUGAUCAGGGUCGGAGUUCAGUCAUCACAGUUCGCUGUAACCCCAAGAAGUCAGAGCAAGGAGAAGUCUCUGUGCCCAGCUCCUGCCCUGCAGGAACAUGUGAUGGAUGCACGUUUAACUUCCUGUGGGAGAGCUCCAGCGCCUGUCCACACUGCUCCCAGGAAGACUACCACCAGAUAGAAGGAGCGUGCAAAGGAGGAAUCCAGGAAACUCUGUACGUGUGGAACGAGCCGAAGCUGUGCACCAAAGGUGUUCCUCUUCCCGCCAGGACCUCGUCUCCGUGCGAGGCCGUCGCUCUGUGGCUGAAAGUCGGGGUCGGGGGCGGAGCCUUCGUGGCCGUGCUGCUCAUCGCUCUCACCUGCUAUUUCUGGAAGAAAAACAAGAGGUUGGAGUAUAAGUACUCUCGUCUGGUGAUGUCCGCCAACAAAGAGUGCGAGCUGCCGGCUGCAGACAGCUGUGCUCUGGCUGAGGGGGAGGAGCCUGAUGACGACGUGGUCUACACCCAGAAACCUUCACUGCUGGGGAAACUGAGAGCCAUCGCCAACAAGCAGGAGGGCGGAGAGAGCAGCGAGUCGGUGCAGCUGAACUCCUCUCACUCCAAUAGAUGGGUCCUGGGAUGAUCUGAUGCCAACAGAGACAGACAUUAAAGACCGGAGGAGCAGUGACCGUGUGGCCGCCCUCCUCCUCCUCCUCCUGCGUCCUCUGCCCCUUCUUUGUGGGGGGGGGGGGGGACCACAGAGACCAGUCUUCACUGGAAACAGGGAUGCUGUUAGAAACUGGACUAAAGCUUUUGCUCUGGUAGAAAACACAGGAAUCACUCGGCUGCUUUAUGGAUGCUUCAGGGCGGAGACGUAAAGAGAAACAGGCUUUCAAUGUUUUUGUAUGUUUUGUAUUUGAUUUGGUAUUUUCUGUUUGAAGUCGUGUAUUUAUAUCAAUGCUAUAAUGAUGAACUUUAAUAAAGUCCUGUUUGACUUA